AAUGAGGUUUCAGGCAGAAGAAGACAAACUUGCCGCUAUCAAACAGAUGGAUGAGGCUAAAGCAAAGAAAGAAGAGCUGACAAAAAUAAUAGAACAGAUGGAGAAAGAGCGAGGGGAGAUUAAUAACAACAGAGAACAGGCUAAACAAGAAGCAGAUGAAAUCAAAAGCAUGAGAAAUGAGCUACAAAAACAAAAGGCAGAAAUAGAGAACAGGAUUAGAGUUGCAAAACAAGAAAAGGAGGAGGCAAACCAUGCCAAACUUGGAGUCAAAGAGGCUGAGAUGCUCUUAAAAAAGCAAAUGGAAGAGUCAGAAAAGAGACGGUAUGAAACCAUAACAGAGGCAUUGGAGCAAAGAGAUGAAAUACACAAAAAAACAGAGGAGUUAGAACAAAUAAAUGAAGAGAUACAAAGAGCCAGACAUGAGCUAGAAAAGUUGAGGUAUUCUGAAAAAGAAAACCUGCAGAAAAUGCUGGAGGAUACACAGCAAGAGAAAGAGAUUGUUGAGCAACUGAAAACAGCUGCGUUGAAGGACAAGGAAGAUCAGGAAAAGCGUUUAGCUGAGAUGGACAAGGAGAGAGAGGAACUCAAACAGAUUAGAGUUCAGGUCCAGAACGACAAGAAAGAUCUAGAAAAACAAAGGUAUGAAAUGAUGAGAUAUGAUGUAGAACAGAGUGCUCAAGUGCAGAGACAAAGAGAAGAACUUGAGAAGAUCAAGACUCAGUUAGUUAGAGACACAGAGACCAUGAACAGAAGUAGAGAAUUAGCGCAACAAGACAGAGAGAAAACCGAACGCAUUAUGACUGAGAUCCAGAAACAAAGAGAGGAAGUGAAUAAAAGGUUAGAGGAGACAAAACGACGAGAGGACACCUUGAGGAAGAUGACAGAGGACAUGGAGCACGAGAGAGAAGACCUGGAGAAGAUCCGUUUGGAAACGCUGAGAGGGAAAGACACAUAUGAAGAGGUCAAGGAUGAGAUUAACAGGGUGAGAGCGGAGAUAGAGAGGUUGUGGGAUGAGGCUGAAAAGGGAGAGCCUGAGGAAUGUGAAAGGAUGAACAGGGAGAAGGAGGAGAUGAUGAGGAAGAUGGAAGCUAUGAAGAAGGAGAUGGGUGAUAUUGAAGACAUGAAGAUGGAGUUAACAAAACAGAAGGAGGACAUCGACGUAAAGAUGGAGAAGGCAAGGUUGGAAAUGACUAAACUUGAAAAGAUGAAAGCAGACCUCCAAAAACAGAAAGAAGAUAUUGAAAUCCAGAUGAUGGAAGCAAAAAGUGAGAGAUACCAGAUGGAACUGAUGAGGACUGAGAUCUUAAAACAAAAAGAGGAUGUUGAAAGGAAAAUGGAGCUAGCAAAAGCAGAGAUGGACAAAAUGCAGCUUGUCAAAGAGGAAAUACAAAGACAAAGAAAAGAGCUGGAGGAAAGGAUGCAGAAAACCAAACGAGAGAUUGAAGAAAUGGAGCUGAUGAAGAGAGAAAUGGAAGGGAAGAAGAAAGAACUUCAGCAAAGGAUGAAACUGACCAUGAGGAAGAAGGACGAGAUGGAACGACUGAAGAUGGAGAUACAAAGAGCAAAAGAUGAGAUGGAACAGAAAAGAGUGGAGACGGAGAGGCAGAAAUAUGAAAUGGAGCAAGUUAAAGCUGAAAUCCAAAGAGCGAGAGAGGAGUUUGAACUUAGGAUGGAGGAGAGAGAUUUAGAAGAAGAGAAAGGACAGAUGAACCUCACAAUAAUCAACCUUAUUCAACAGAUUGAGGCGACGAGAGAAAUGGUGCGAAAAGCAAAAUUCCAGAUUGAAAGCCGAAUGGCAGGAAGUCAGAUGGAGACAACAGACCAAGAGGAGAUGAAUGCUGAGAUGCACAGGCUCAUUCUGGAGAUUGAACACAUCCGUGAAAUGCUGCGAGGUCUUAAGGCUGAGGUAGAACACAACAAGGAAACGAUGAAGAGAGACAGGGAUGAGAUGAGGCUACUGAAGAAUGAAGUUCAACGAAGGAGAAGAGAGAUUGAAUAUAGAGAAGAAAGGAUUAUGAGAGAACGAGACGAACUAGAACUCGUGAGAAAUAUGGUGCAGCGACAAAGACAAGAACUGGAGGAGAGGCUGGAGGAGACCAUUAAAGAGAAUGAUAUGAUGGAGCAGAUGAGAGAAGAUGUGAAAUGCUUUGGAGGACAUAGCACAGGCCAAAGAAGAGAUAAAGAGACAGAAAGAACUCACUGCUCUAGAAAAGACAGGCAAAGAAAAGGUUCAACCAGCCAUCAUUCCAACCGAGAGCCAGGAGUAUGCAAAAACAGAAGAAGAAAACAUCAGAUGAUCUUGACCAUGGAGGAGCUGGAUAAAGAGCGACAAGCUCUGGAGAAUUUUAAAGAAGACUUACUUGCACAAAAAAGUACAAUUGAGAGACAACUGGCAGAAAUAAAACUGAGCAAGGAUGAAUUAUCACUCAAAGAAGCCGCACUGCAAACUGCUACAAAAAACACAGCAGACAUAGAGUUACAAUUAGAGCUGCGAAAACAGGAGCUAGAACGAACAAAAGAUGAGCUGGAAAGGACAAAGCUAGAAAUACAGAAAGGAUGGGAUGACCUGCAGGCUGAGAUUACAGAAAGCAGAGAAAAAGAAUACAUGAUAAGAACAGAAUUAGAAAAUGCCAGAGAUAAGCUCAGGAAAAGGAUAGAGGAUGAAAAGGGAAUGUUACAGAACAUGAAAUAUGAGCUGCAAAAAGAGUCUAGUGAUAUCGAAAGGUUAAAACAGGAUGUGCAGAAAGAAAGACAGAACAUGAAGAAAUGGGCAGAGCAGCUUAAACAAGAGAGGGAGGAACUAGAAAAGAAAAGGUGUGAUAUGCAACAGAUACAAGCAGAAAUAGCGAGAGAAAAGAACAAUCUAGAGAAUUCGAGAGAGGAGAAUGAGCAGACAUUGAAGGAGAUCAUAAUGGAGAGAGACACUCUUGAGAAACAAAAAGAUGAUUUUGAGAAUGAGAAGGAGGAAAUAAAGCAGAGAGAAAAUGAACUGCAGCAAAUGCAGGCUGAUCUUAACAGACAACAAAAAGAAGUGCAGGAUAUUCAGAAUAUAGUUUUAAUGCAAAAAAGUCAACUUCAGAAAAGCCAAGAGGAAAUAGCUGAAAAGCUAAAACAGGUCGAUAACAUCAUGCAGUUCACACAAAAUGAAAAAGACAAUCUUGACAGAGAAAGGGCAGCUAUAAUGGAACAGAAGCAGCAGAUGGAGAGAAACAUGACAGAUGCACUAAACAGAGAACUGGAAACUGUGGAACUUGUGAAACAAGAGAUACUAAAUGAGAAGCGACUUAUUGAGGACUGCAGAAUAGCUUUAAUGAGAGAGAUACAAGAUCUGGAGCAAAAGAAAAUCAAUUUGGGUCAGGCAGGAUGAGAUAAAAUUACAAAGACAAAGUAUUGCAGAUGAGAAAAGCAAGUUGCAACAGACUGAAUCUGUGCUGCAACAAGUAGCUGAAGAUACUGAGAAGCUAAGACAAGAUACACAAGCUGAAAGACAUAAGCUUAAAAACACUGCUGUGCAACUUCAGAAAGAGAGAGAUGCCAUUGUGAGCCUUUCAGAAGAGACAAAAAGACA